AUGUCAGAAGAUAGCAGGAAGGAGCGAUGGAACAAGAAACGAAAUGGAGCCGGAAAUAUGUUCAAAAAAGGAAAGGAAUUAUCAUGGCGAAAGAGGAAAGCUGCAGUGAAGCAAUUUCGCGAAGAUACGUUAUUGGAACAAAUGAUUCGAAAACCUGAACUUACUGGCAUUUCAACAGUGGACACGAGUGGUGAUAAUGUGAAUGAAACAAGGAAUCACGCAAAGUCUGUGAUGUUGAGCAUAGCACUUCCGGGUUCAAUACUGAAUAAUGCACAAAGUCCAGAGCUAAGAACCUAUCUCGCUGGGCAGAUAGCGCGUUCAGCCGCAGUGUUCUGCGUCGACGAAAUUGUUAUUUAUGAUGAAACAUCUCGAAUGAAACCACAGCAGCGUGAAGAUUACUACAGUGGACAGUGGUGUCCAAAUUUGCCUGUUCAUAGUGGUAAUGUAGAAUGUAACUUUCAUCUGGCAAAAAUUCUGGAAUUUAUGGAGUGCCCGCAGUACUUGCGGAAAAUCUUAUUUCCUCUUCAAAAAACGUUAAAAUAUGCAGGUAUUCUGAAUCCGCUAGAUUGUCCUCAUCAUUUGCGUGCAUCAGACUUAAGUAUUCCUUAUAGAGAAGGUGUUGUGCUAGAUAAGCCUAUGAAAGCAGGUCGUGGACCUAUUUGUAACAUCGGUCUGUACAAGGAAGUUCAAAUUAAUAAAGAAGUUGCACUUAAAUCUGGAACUCGUGUUACUGUGAAAGUAUUGGAUAUCUACUCGGAAAGAAAGCGAUAUCACGGAUGUUUGGUAAAUGCUCAACAAAUAAAACAAGAAACUGGAUUAUACUGGGGCUAUAAAGUACGUAUUGCUCUAAGUCUUCACGAUGCAUUGAAUGCUGAGGAAUAUGAUGUUAUCAUUGGAACUUCAGAACGGGGGAAACCAGUGAGCAAAUUUCAAAUGCCAUUGUAUGAAAGGAACCGAGUUUUAAUCGUUUUUGGUGGGCUAGAGGGCUUAGAGGCAGCCGUAGAAGCCGAUAAAAGUAUUAAUUGCUCAACUCCUGAAGAACUUUUUGAACACUACCUAAAUGUUGUACCUCGACAGGGAAGUCGAGUCAUUCGGACGGAAGAAGCUAUACCAAUUACUUUGGCUGUCUUGAGACCUCGUUUGAUGUUGGCACGGCGAUGGUUUGUUAUUGACAUUCACAAAUUUCUUCUACAAAAACGAACGAGCUUUGGAGAUCAUACAGGUUAUGCCACUGCGAGCGUCGAUAGUGGUAAAAAAAGCAUGCCGAAAUUUACUCUUCAUUACUGUUGUAAACUGUUUAAAUGGAUAACAGUGGGUUUUUUUGCUGGCAGUAGUACUAUCUAUUUAUAUAAUUUGUUUGUGCCAGAUUGGCGAGAAUUGCAAGAUAAGAAGCAUUAUUAUUCUGAUUGGAAGUUGCGUGCGUAUUCUUCCCUGCCGCUGAAUGCACUUUCACGUUUUGGCGGUGGCCUAGCUAAUGUUUAUAUUCCGGUAUGGUUGCGACCGAAAAUAUUCAAUGUAUAUGUUCGGGUGUAUGACUGCCGAAUGCAUGAAGCUGAAGUGGAAGAUUUAUCAGCCUAUCCGACAUUAGCAGCAUUUUUCAAUAGAUCAUUGAAAUCCACAGUUAGGCCUAUUAGCGAUGCAGAUUUGGUUUCUCCAGCUGACGGAAUUGUGAUUCAUUACGGAAAAGUCAAUGAGGGCCGGAUUGAAUUCGUGAAAGGCCAUGAUUAUGAUAUUGCCGAUUUUUUAGGAUCAGUGAAUAUGCAAAACAAAAAAAAAGGACACGAGCUUUAUCAACUAGUACUUUAUCUCGCUCCUGGCAAUUACCACGGAUUUCAUGCCCCCGCAAAAUGGGUGGCAAAUGAGGAAAUACAUUUCCCCGGAUUAUUAUUGUCAGUACGGCCAGCAUUGCUAUACCGCAUACCUCAUUUGUUUUGUGUCAAUGAACGAGUUGUUUUAAAAGGAUCCUGGAAACAUGGUUUUUUUGCAAUGAGCGCUGUUGCAGCUACAAAUGUUGGGGAUGUUUCGAUAGACGCAGACCCAUUGCUUCACACUAAUAUCAAACGAUUACGAAAAGAAGUGUCCAAUGCACUGCCAGUAAUUACAGAACUGGAACAUGCGUACCUACCAGGUGAUAAAGUUGGAGAGUUUCGGCUGGGAUCAACGGUUGUUUUGGUAUUUGAAGCUCCUCCAACUAUACAGUUUGCGAUUCGUGCUGGUGAUAAUCUACGAUAUGGUCAAAGCCUUGUUAUUAGUGGUUUUUGA